GCAUUUCAUGUGCGAGGCCCUUCUCUCUAGAGGUUCUUUAGGCCUACUAGUAUGGAUAUAUUUUAUUCAAGAAAUUUUUGAAAUUUGUUGACAUUAAUUGACGCUUCGAAUUGUCAUUAUAAUCUUUGUAUACUUCACAUAAAAUAAACAAUAGUACGAGCAAGGUUCUAGCCGAUUUGUUAAAUAGUUUAAGAUCAUAUAAUCAAGAAACAACAAGCAUACAGAUACACGUGGUUUUGAUUUUUCAUUUGUAAUAAUAUUAAUUUAAUGAUUUUGUUAAUGUGAUGGCUAACAUCGACGUUCUUGAUAAUAUUGUAUCCACGCUUGGUAGUAUUAGAUCAUUAGAACAAAUAAAAAGUGGGAAGAAUAAAGUUGAUGUUACAGCUCUUACAAAAAAUGUUUAUGAUUUUGCCAAGGAGCAAUCUUGUGAAAAGGAGAAAUUUUAUAGAAAUACAAAUGCAUUACCAAAAUUAGUCACGGAAGGCUUUGAUGAGGAGCAAAUUUGGCAGCAAUUAGAACUGCAGAAUGAGGGCGAGAUAGCACACUUUUAUGAGAUUUUAACAUCUUCUGAAAAUGAAAGAUUGAUGAUUCCAAUAAGUUCUAGGAAACCUGAACCUGUACAGAUUGAGAAUGACAAUUUAGAUCAAGAGGAUGAAAGCAUGUUUGAUACGAAAGACUCAGAGGACGAAGGGAUAGGAACUAAAAGUAAUUUACAGAGGAGAAAACAUAAGAAGACCUCCAUUGUAGAUGACAAAUUCUUCAAAUUACAAGAGCUGGAUGAAUAUUUAACUAAAGAAGAGAGAAAAGAGAAGCAGGGGGAGGACAAUACUGAGUCUGAUGACGAAUCUGUAGAUAUGUUUAACGAUGUUUCUGAGGAAGAAGUUGGAGAUAACACUGAAAAGAAAUAUAUAAAGUAUGCAGAUUUCUUCGAUACUCCUGAAAGUGAAAAUGAACAAGCUGACGAAAGUAAAAAUUCAGAUCACAGCGAUAGUAUUAGGGAUUCUGAAGAGAAAGAAUUAGAGGAUGAAGAAAUUGAUCUCGAUGAACAGGAUGAAGAAGAUCAAACGGUCAAAAAAGUAAGAUUUAAUCUUACCAAUGAUUCGGACGAGACAGAUAGCUUAGAAAAUAAAGUAGAUAAUAAUAAGAAAAAUAAGGAAGAAAGGAUAGAAGAUGCAGAAUCUAAAUCUACUUUGGAGGCUCGUCAAGAUAGGCUGCUAAUGAGAAUUAAGGAAUUGGAGGAGGAAGCAAUCAGUGAGAAGCCAUGGCAAUUGAAGGGCGAAGUGAGUGCUCCAAAUCGACCUCAUAACUCCUUGUUGGAAGAGUUUGUGGUGGUUGAUAUAAACAGAAGGCCGGCUCCUGUGAUCACCGAGGAGACCACUAUGAAAUUGGAAGAUAUAAUUAAGCAGCGGAUUAAGGAUAAGGCUUGGGACGACGUCGAGAAAAAGUUUAAGCCAGUUGAGACACCGUUAGAAUAUAAGAAAAAAUUGAUAUUAAAUCAAGAAAAGAGCAAGGAAAGUUUAUCUCAAAUUUAUGAAAAAGAGUAUCUAAAACAAAAACAAUCAUUAGAUUUAAAGAACGAUGAGAAGAAAGAACCAACACCACAAUUGCAUAAUGAAAUUCGACAAAUGAUGCGUUCUUUGAUGUUAAAAUUGGAUGCGUUAUCUAAUUAUCAUUAUACUCCCAAGAUGGCUAAACCAGAAAUCACUAUCAUUAGCAACGUGCCUGCAGUUAAUAUGGAAGAGGUGGCGCCUGUCGCGACUACUGAUGCUACUCUAUUAGCACCUGAAGAAAUUAAAGCCAAACAACGCGGUGAUCUUAUUGGUAAAUCAGAACGAACGAAAACCGACAUGAAGCGCGACAGAAGACGGAAGAAGUCGAGACAACGGGCCAAACAACAGGCUAUAGAAAAGAAAGAGAAAUUAAAAGCAUUACAACCAGGAAUUGGUAAAAAGUACAAGGAUAAGAAAGAACAGGCUGCGUUGCUUAAAAAAGUAACUAAAGAUAGAAACGUUACGAAAUUAAACGAAUCAACGCACAAAGUUGCAAAGUCUUCGACUGCAUUUUUCACGCAUUUACAAGAUCAAGCAAAAAAUAAAGUUAAAAUUAAAAAAGACAGUUUGUCUAAAAAGAAGACUAGCGCUAAUUCAGCUAUAAAACUAAAAUUAUAAACUUUGUAUUGUAUAUAUUUAUUUGUUUAAAUAAGAUUUAAAUGAAAAAUUUUA